UCAACAUCCCCAUCGGAUGGGGCCGGAACUGGGGAGGGGCCCCUCGGGGCUAUAAAGGGACCCUGGUGCCACUUUUGUCACCGUUGUCACCUGGUUGUCACCUGGUUGUCACCUGGUUGUCACCUCGUUGUCACCUCGCUGCCACCAUGGCUUUCCUGCCACCACCCGGUCACCAGGCCUGCUACAACCCGCCCCUGCCCUUGGUGGCCCCGGUGCCCGGGGGGCUCUGGCCGGGCAUGGCCGUGAGCGUGCAGGGCGUGGCGAGAGCGCAGGCGGAGCGGUUCCGCGUUGACCUGGCCCUGGGCACCCUGGAGGAGGCCGACAUCGCCCUGCACGUCAAUCCCCGAUUUGGGUCGGGGGUCUCGGUGUUCAACAGCCGCCGCGGGGGGAGAUGGGAGGAGGAGCUGAGUCGGGACCUGCCCCCCCUGCACCGGGGCAGAGCCUUCGAGAUGGUCAUCAGUGUCACCCCCAAGGGCUACCGGAUCCUGGUGAAUGGAUCCUUCUACCAGGAGUUCCCUCACCGGAUGCCCCCGGAGAACGUGAAGGCUCUGAAAGUGGCCGGGGACCUGGAGCUGCUCUCGGCCUCGGUGCUGGGCGGAGUGGGCGCGUGUGCCCCGGGCGGCCCGGUCUACCCCGGCUGCCCCGGCUGUGACCUGCCGGUGAUGGGGCAGCCCCCCACCCUCUACCCGUCCGUCCCCUUCAUUGCCACCAUCCCGGGGGGGAUGAUCCCCAAAAAAACCAUCAUCAUCAAGGGCUUCGUCCCCCACGACGCCGAGAGGUUCAGCAUCAACCUGCGGGUGGGCCCUGCCGGGGACGUGGUGCUGCACGUGGCGCCGAGGAUCGUCGAGGCCAACGCCGUGGUGCGGAAUUCCUUCCUCAACAACUGCUGGGGCGAGGAGGAGCGGGAGCUGUCCCGCACCAGCCCCUUCCUGCGCGACCUCUACUUCGAUCUUUCAAUCCGCUGUGGGAACGAUCGCUUCAAGGCGUUCGCCAAUGGGCAGCCGCUCUUUGAUUUCAAGCACCGGGUGCCAGCCGGGCCCCACGUGAAUACGCUGGAGAUCGAGGGCGAUGUGGUCCUGUCCUAUGUUCAUUUCUGACCCACAAGUGUCCUGGCACUGCCCAAUAAGUGCCCUG